UGUACAGAGCUGUCAAAACAAAACUGAAUGUUAAAUUAAGCAAGCAGUUAAACAACAAAGUAAUAAACUACUAAGCGCGUUCUUAAUAAUUAGUGAUACUAAUAUUAUUGUUUGCUAGAUGUUUUCUUCCAUAUUUCCGUAGAACCUUCAAAAUGCCUCUGGAUUUAAUUGAAGUUCCCAGCACAGUGAACGCAAGCCUUGAUGGUGAGAUGAUGGACUACAAGCAUAUUAUCGCAACCACAGCUUCCAUCAGCACUAUUCUUCAGUUUCUCUCAGGAAUAUUGGUUUGUCGAAAAUUUAUGAAAAAGGGCACAACAAAUGAAGUCUCUUCUUUUCAUUUUGUUGCAGGCUUCUUGUCGUGUGGGCUGUGGCUUAACUAUGGAAUAAUGAUCAAUGACAGCAGUCUUAUCCUAGUCAAUGCUGUUGGUGCAAUUCUAUUUAUGUGUUACAUUCUCCUCUUCUUCUCCUAUACACUCAGGAAGACAACCGUAGUGAAACAGGUGUUAUGGGUGGUGACGGUGAUGGUGCUGGUACGGAUGUACGGAGCAUGGCUAGGUGAGGUGGCACAAGCUAAGGUCCAUCUUGGCUAUAUCGCCUGCUGUACCUCGCUCAUGUUCUUCGGCGCACCACUGGCCAACUUGGCGUACGUGUUAAGGGUGAAAAGCGCAGAAAGCCUCCCGUUUCCGAUGAUUGUGAUGACAUUCAUCGUAUCAUUGCAGUGGCUACUUUACGGUAUCAUUUUAGAAAACCCCAUUAUACAGAGCAGUGAUAGUCUUUAUGCCAAGGGCUUGGAAGGCUUGCCUGCAGCUUUGUUGAGGUUCAAGCCGUCAUUUUUUCUGCAGUAUGUCAGUGCUUUGCGCAGGGAGUUGCAGGCAGUUGCAUGCACUCCUUCUGCUGUAGCAUCACUGAUUAGGAGUGUUGUGUCGUCAGCAUACAUAACACAG